UCAUCCGGAAGCGGUGCGGGCGCACCCAUCGGGCGCAUCUCUCUCAGGUUGCUGUCGGGUUUCGAUGCAAAUACGCACCGGGCGGCUCCGCUUCAGUGUUUUAUCUUGAGGGGAAACGGCUACACACAGAAGAAUCAGUGAGUUAGACCGAGAAAAUGCAAGUGUCGGCAAUGGAGAGGAGGAUUUCUACCCUGACUCUGCUCUGUCUGGUGUUGUCAGGCGUUGGUGCCCUCGAUGUGAACAUACCUAAGGAAGUGUAUGAGUAUGCCAGAGGUGACAACAUCACACUGCCCUGCAGCUUUAAACCCAAGGUUGCUAACCCCCCAAUGGUCGUCAUCUCAUGGUCUGCUGAGGGUGUACAAGCCAAUGCUAAAGAGACCUUGAUCCUCACUUACUAUUCUGGUUCUAAAAUCCUUGACAUCAAAUCGCUGUACGAAGGCCGGGUGGCCCUGGACGUAGAUAUUCCCGAGGGAAAGGCCAACCUGAAGCUGUCCUCCAUCACACUAGCAGAGAACAAGGUGUUUGAGUGUCGUAUCCAGAUUCCCGGUGACGAUGAGGGCAAGCCGGCUGACACUGCUCGUGUGGUGGUUCUAGUGGCUCCAUCUACACCCAUCUGUAAGAUCGAGGGGAAGGCAGAGUACGGCCAAAACAUCAACCUGACCUGUAAGUCUGAGGAAGGCUCGCCGCCACCCACUUACAAGUGGGAUAGUCGAGAUGUCAGGAAUGUACCUCGUGUUCCACUCCCAAGAUCCACAGACAAGGGCGGCAUCCUGUCUCUAUUCAAUAUCUCCAAAGAGGCAUCAGGAUUCUACAUCUGCACCUCAGCUAACAAGAUCCGCUCUGCUACCUGCAACGUCACCCUUGCGGUCAUGCCACCUUCCAUGAACGUUGGCUCCACUGCAGGGAUCAUUGGUGGAGUUGUUGCCGCUUUGAUCGCACUCAUCAUCAUCAUCUAUUGCUGCUGCUGCCGUAAGAAGAAGAAGGAGCAGGAAUACGCCAUGGGAGUUCGAAGGGAAGAGUACAGCGACAAAGAGCCGCCCAGAAAUGGUGAGAGUCGCCGCGCUGAUGGGCAAGAGGACAAUCGUGGUUAUGAUGACCGUGCGAGGAGUCCUGGCGAUCGCAGUGACCGCUACGAGGAACGGAGCGAGCGCAACUACGAGAACCGUAGGGAUGUCGACAACCGAGGCAGGGAUUAUGACGAUCGGCGCAGCGACUACGAUGAUCGGCGCAGCGACUACGAUGAUCGGCGCAGCGACUACGACGACCGCCGCAGCGACUACACUGAGCGACGUGACAGGUACAGUGAUCGCAAUGAGCGCUAUGACGACGAGGGGCGCUAUGAGGAUGACCGCCGCUAUAAUGAUGACCGCAGGGACCGCCGUGAUGAUGACGAUCGCUAUGAUGAGCCCUAUGAUGAUCGCGAUCCUGACAGACCACCCGUACCAGCCAAUAAGCCACCGAGGAAAGACUACGACGUCUAAAUUCUCCAACCUGAAUCAGCCACUGUCUUCAGUCUCCUGUUUCAACUCAACUGACUUUACCCCAAUGGGAGCCAGUUACGUCACACUCAAGGUGUCCCCCUCCAAAUAAGAACAUUAAAGUAACAUAGGACUUUUAUUUGGACAAAAAUAAAGAAAUUUCCACCAUAAAUUAAUGCAGAAGAAGCACAAAUUGGUGCAGAAAAAUAUCACCCAAAUCCAGGAAAUUAAGUCUCUGAUGCCAAAAUGUCCUACCCUUUAACCCCCCACUUCCUAUAUACCACCCCCCAAAUGUUGAAAUGAAACCUACCCCCUUGUGUGUUUUAUACACCUUUGGAACCAAAAGUAAUCCUUCAGACAUGGUAACUAGACCCUAGCGUUUCCACCGCAAACUGUUGGCGGGGUUAUUGUCACUCACUGCUCCGUCCAGCACUCACCGUAUUUCCUCAUUACCGGUGACACAGAUGGAAGUCUGCACCUCGUUUAUCGUCCACAGGACGAGGCUGCACGCCAGCAUUUUCAGAACAAAAUAAAACAGGCUGCUGUGAGAGUCUCUCUCCAUGGGAUAUUUAAAAAUAGCAGGUUUGUGCAUUUAGUCCUUCUAAAGCAAGCUCGGGGGUUGCUUUUUUUUCCUCCGAGUGAGGAUUAGAAUACAAAAACAAAAGCGUACUGAACUGAACUGUACCAAACUGCUUGGUGGAAACGGGGCUAGGGAGUAGGUUGGUGAGGUCAACAGUUACAAACUAAUCCAAAAAUUAGGUGGCAUUUUAUCUUUAGAUUUGAUAUGUUAGCAUUAUUACAUAAGAAUGCCAGGCCUUAUUAUGUCUGUCUCUGUUUGUCUUGAUUUUAGAUGACUUUAGCUGUCGGGUGAAACUGUUGGUAGUUUGUUGUUUUAGGAAGCUACCUCCGCACUACAGAACAGGGCUUUAGGUUUGUGUCUUUGUUUAUGCUUGAUAGAGUCAUUUUUGUUUGUAUACUGUCUAUCUUUGUACAGGAACAUAUGUUAAACCAGUUUUAAUGUCCUCUCUGGUUGGUGCUAUCAUGUUUUCUGCACCAUGAUUUUCUAAAAAGUACAACUAAAACUUCCUCUUCCUCUCUUUUUUAAAAAUCUUAAAUGAAUAUAACAAUUUUAAUGCAGUAGGCCAGUGAUACUAGGCUUAGGUCCUGCAGGCCUAAUGUGGCACACGAUAGCGUGCUGGGGGCCAGCCGACCAUUUUCAAAUUCACAAUAAAAAUAAAUUGAUGCACAACAAGAAUUUUCGGCACAAUGAAUGCAGAUAAGAUUCCAGAGUGCAUAAACAUGCAUCAAUAUAGAGCAUGUUUCUAAAAAAGUGCCAGGGGAGGAUCCACCAAACCCCACAUUAGAGGUCUGAUCUAAUUGCUGUGACUGGAUUUACAUCAUUUAUUAAUUUUAUCACAUAAAUAUUAUUACUGUUUGUAUAUUAACUGGCCCCUAGCCUCCUGCAAAGGAAGUUGAGUAUCCAUCAGUGGGAUACAUAACCUCUUUUUGCCAUAUGACCCUCAAAUAUGUUUUUAAUUAUGUCGAAUUGUUUUAAAGAGAGAUUUCUGUUGAAAUGAAAUGCAAUGGAAUAUGCAAAAACAAAUGCUUUUUUAUUAUCUUAGCAAUUGUAAAAGCUUUACACUGGGGUUUAUGUUGUGAAAUAUUGUGCGAUGCAUUCCAUUAAUGACAUGUGCUGUAAAAAUAAUGCUGAAAUAAAGUGAACAAAACUG